GGUGGUGGAGGAGGAGGAGGAGGAGGAGGAAUGCUCCUACCCUCUAACCCUCUGCCGGGCAGAGGGCCUGCAUGGUCGGUGACUUUCUUAGAGCCAUCCAAGCAACUCCCCACUUUCAAGCCUUUGCAUGUGGCCAGUGCCUGCUUCUGUCUUUAGUGGGGACCUGCCCUCUAGAAAAGCACCCCCCACCCCAACCUCUCAGAAGGACUGAACCUGCAGAGCUGAGACUGGGAAUGUGUUUGCUGAGCUCUGUCUCCCUGACUGGGGACUCCUGGGGGUUGGUCACCCUGCAAGCAGCAGCCUCUCCACGGGCAGCUGCAGGGCCCUCCUGCCAGCCACCUUUCACUCUGGGGCUGAGGUCUUCUCAACCUCCCACCGACCUGCUUAUGUUCUGAGCACCUACUGUGGGCCCUGCGCUGAGUCAGCCAGGACUCCUGUUCAUCUGUUCAUGUCUCCUUUGCAGAGAUCAGAGAUCCCUUUGCCUGUGGGAAGGUGGGGUCAGCAUCCCCUGGCCCCCUGCCGAGCAUGGUGACAGCCUGUGCCCUCGGCCCCCUCAUGUGGCACAGCUGGAAGAACCGCCAGCCUCGGGCGCCUAUGGCCUACCACGUGAGAGAGUGAGGGAGUGAGGGAGUGGCCUGGCCCAGUCCAGCCCUUUGGAUUGAGGGGGCUUCACAACCACUGAGUGACCAGAGAACACACUGCCGAUCCCCUCCCACCAGUUGGUGAAUGAUGGGCGGAGCAACGAGUGACCCUUGUGAGGGUUAUGGAAUAACGACAGAAGACAAGGCAUGAGCAUCCCCUGUAGUCACCUGUAACUUCUUGCUGGAAACAGAGGUCUGAGCACCUCAAGCCAACCCAGUGGACCCACCUGCCCCCACCCAGCUGAUGGGGCCACUGGGGCCCCGCGCAGCCCCCUGACCACACAGACCCCCCUGCCCACCAUGGCUGGCGCUGAGGGCUUCCAAUACCGUGCACUGUACCCGUUCCGCCGGGAGCGGCCAGAAGACCUGGAACUGUUGCCCGGUGACGUGCUGGUGGUGAGCCGGGCAGCCCUGCAGGGGCUGGGUGUGGCCGAGGGCAGUGAGCGCUGCCCGCAGAACGUGGGCUGGAUACCUGGCCUCAAUGAGCGAACUCGGCAGCGCGGUGACUUCCCUGGUACCUACGUGGAGUUCCUGGGGCCUGUGACCCUGACCCGGCCUGGCCCUCGCCCCCGUGGCCCCCGUCCACUGCCUGCCAGGCCCCAAGAGGGGCCCCCUGAGCCAGGCCUCACGCUCCCUGACCUACCUGAGCAGUUCUCCCCACCUGAUGUGGCUCCCCCACUGCUGGUAAAGCUUGUGGAGGCCAUUGAGCGGACAGGGCUAGACAGCGAAUCCCUCUACAGGCCCGAGCUGCCGCCCCCGUGCACAGACUGGUCCCUGAGCGACCUAGAGCAGUGGGACUCGGCAGCCCUGGCCGAUGGCAUCAAGGGCUUCCUGCUGGCACUGCCUGCGCCCCUUGUGACGCUGGAAGCCGCGGCAGAGGCCUGCCGUGCCCUGCGAGAACAAGGGGUGAACCUGGCCUUCAGGAAGACCCCCCUCCGAGGACUUGGGGCCUGGACCGGAGGAGAGGCACCUGUGUGGUGCCUGGACCUUCCCUUCCAGGUGCUGGACUCCUCAGCGCGGGUGUAUUUACUGAGCGUGCACUGCACAUACAUAAGCAACAGUUGGCUUCCCACACCUGCUUGGUCAUCUGCCCUGCUUCCCAGCUUUCGUGUGUGCUCACGCAGGACUGAGCCCAACCCCGACUUCCCAGCUCUGCUGGUGGAGAAGUUGCUUCAGGAGCACCUGGAGGAGCAGGAGGUCGCACCCCCAGCUCUGCCACCUAAACCACCUAAAGUCAAGCCCGCCCCAGCAGGGCUGGCUAAUGGGGGGAGCCCGCCCUCUCUGCAGGAUGCUGAGUGGUACUGGGGUGACAUUUCCAGGGAGGAGGUGAACGACAAACUCCGGGACACACCUGACGGCACCUUCCUGGUCCGAGAUGCCUCCAGCAAGAUUCAGGGAGAGUAUACCCUGACCCUUAGGAAAGGUGGAAACAACAAGCUAAUUAAGGUCUUCCACCGCGAUGGGCAUUAUGGCUUCUCGGAGCCGCUCACCUUCUGCUCCGUCGUGGACCUCAUCACCCACUACCGCCAUGAGUCCCUGGCCCAGUACAAUGCCAAACUAGACACACGGCUCCUGUACCCCGUGUCCAAGUACCAGCAGGACCAGAUUGUCAAGGAAGAUAGCGUGGAGGCAGUGGGUGCCCAGCUCAAAGUCUACCAUCAGCAGUACCAGGACAAGAGCCGCGAGUAAGACCAGCUCUACGAGGAGUACACACGCACCUCCCAGGAGCUGCAGAUGAAGCGCACCGCAAUCGAGGCCUUCAAUGAAACCAUCAAGAUCUUCGAAGAGCAGGGCCAGACUCAAGAGAAGUGCAGCAAGGAGUAUCUGGAGCGCUUCCGGCGUGAGGGCAAUGAGAAAGAGAUGCAGAGGAUCCUGCUGAACUCAGAACGGCUCAAGUCUCGCAUCGCCGAGAUCCACGAGAGCCGCACGAAGCUGGAACAGGAGCUGCGGACACAGGCCUUGGACAACCGGGAGAUCGAUAAGCGCAUGAACAGCCUGAAGCCAGACCUCAUGCAGCUGCGCAAGAUCCGAGACCAGUACCUGGUAUGGCUCACCCAGAAAGGCGCCCGGCAGAAGAAAAUCAACGAGUGGUUGGGAAUCAAAAAUGAGACUGAAGACCAGUAUGCACUGAUGGAGGAUGAGGAUGCUCCCCACCAUGAGGAACGAACCUGGUAUGUGGGCAAGAUCAACCGCACGCAGGCUGAGGAAAUGCUGAACGGCAAGCGGGAUGGGACCUUCCUCAUCCGUGAGAGCAGCCAGCGGGGCUGCUACGCCUGCUCUGUGGUGGUGGACGGCGAUACCAAGCACUGCGUCAUCUACCGCACGGCCACUGGCUUGGGUUUUGCGGAGCCCUACAACCUGUACGGGUCUCUGAAGGAGCUGGUGCUGCAUUACCAGCACACCUCCCUCGUGCAACACAACGAUGCACUUACCGUCACACUGGCCCAUCCCGUGCGAGCCCCGGGUCCCGGUCCACCCCCGGCCGCCCGCUGACUCAUACAGAGCAGGACUCCAUCUAUCUGUCUGUCUGUCUGUCUUCUUUGUGAACCUUUCUCUGUCUCAAUCUCUCCCUUGCUUUCUCUGAGUCUCUCUCUUCCUGUCACUCUUUCUACCCCUGUCUCUGUCCUCUCUCUCUUAGUCUCUGUACCUCUAUGUCACUGUUAGAGGAGCAUACCUCCUCCACCCCAUGCCCCCUUUCCCCAUGGGCACUGCCCUCCCCCGGCUCUGGCUGCCCCCACCAGUUCCUACGGUUCCCCCAAGCGCCCCCUGCCUGCACCUGCCAUGUUUACAAAGGCCCCUGGGGUGCUCAGCCCCAGCCUGGUGCCCUGAUUUUUAAGCCAUAGACCUGGGGUCCGGGCAGGAAGAAGGCAGGAAGGAACUUCGCUGGGCCACUUCCAAGAACCUCAGCUGUGACAUUCGGGGCCGGGCGGGUCCCGAUGCCCCACAGACCCAACUUCCCCUCCAAACCCUGAAGUGAAACCCGCACCGGUUACCCCCUCAUGGAGCUGCUGCCCAGAAGCCCUCCCCCGCUAAAAGCAAAAUGAUUAAAAAUAACCUCAAGAGCGGGGCCCUCUCUGACCCCAGGCUUCCCAGGAACCGAGGCUGCCGCAGGGACUGCUGGGCCAGCCGAGAGGCACCGCUGCCCACAGCACCUCCGCUCGAUGCAGUUUCAAGGCUUCUCCUUGAUCAUGUUGGGUUCUGAUUUUGUUUCCUUGACUGUAAACCCAUUUUCUCCUCUUUUGGGACAAGAACCCCGGUUUUCUAUGCUGCCAUGGACCCCACCCCCCCCUCCUGGCCCCCCCCCCCCCCUGCCUGCCCAGCUAGGCUGGCAGGUGGGUUUUGUAUGGUACGUUGAUACUGAUGUGGAUAUAAAACAUUGAACUCA